CCAACCUUCAUCAUUUGUUUCGGACAAAAAAAAACCUCUGAAAACAUGAAACUCAACGCAUGUUCGAUCUUUUUCAUAAACCUUUUCGUACUGCAAUACUUUUCGGUUCGUUGCUUUUCACAAGAUUUUGAUUUCUUCUACUUUGUUCAACAGUGGCCUGGAUCCUACUGCGAUUCAAAGCAGCGUUGUUGUUAUCCGAAGACAGGGAAGCCUGCUGCAGAUUUUGGGAUCCAUGGACUCUGGCCUAAUUACAACGGCGGCGGCUACCCUUCCAAUUGCGAUCCCGACUCUCGUUUCGACAAAUCCGAGAUAUCAGAUCUGAUUCGGACAAUGGAGAAGAAAUGGCCCACUCUUUCAUGUCCUAGCAACGACGGAACCAAGUUCUGGACUCACGAAUGGUUCAAGCACGGGACAUGCUCCGAAUCUGAACUCGACCAACGUCAAUACUUCGAGGCGACGAUCGCAUUGAAGAAGGCCAACCUCCUCUACGCUUUAACGAAUGCGGGAAUCAAACCGAACGAUGAAUUCUAUAAAAUUGAGGAGUUUAGGGAUGCUAUAAAGGAAGCGAUUGGGUAUACUCCGGGCAUUGAGUGCAAUGUGGAUCCUUCCGGUAACAGUCAGCUUUAUCAAGUUUACUUGUGUGUUGAUACUUCUGGGUCAGACUUCAUCGAGUGCCCUUUGUUGCCAAGGGCUAGAUGUGGUUCAAGCAUCCAGUUUCCAAAGUUUUAAUAUUUUAGUUCAAAC